CCGCGGCCGGCUAGUUGGGAAGGACUUGGGAGGAGGAGUCAAAGGAAGCUAGGAGGACGACGACUCCGUCUCCAUCCCCCCGGCCGCCGCCGCCGCCGCCGCCGCCGCCUCUUCUUUCUCUUGUCUCUCGGCGACAAAGGCAGGCAGGAGGGGGUCGGAUCCAUCAGCAAAAGCCAACCAAGCACAAGACCCAUUCCCCUCCCUCAAAAAAACCAAACCAAGGGAUCGGAAUCCGAAUUGGACUUGGAUCCCAACAGCAACAGGUCCGAUGCAGCACCGCCGCAAGCCCGCGUCCGCUGCGGCGCCGGCCGCCGCCAAGCAGCCGCCCUCGCGCAGGCCCACCGCCCCGCUCUCGCUGGCGGGCCUCGUCGUCGCCGUCUUCCUCCUCGCCGUCUUCCUCUACAACGAGGACGUCGUCAAGAGCAGCGGCGGCGCUGACGUGGUCGCGGUCGCCGGGCGGGCGAGGUCCCCGGACCUGCGGGUCCUGCUCCUGCACCACCACCAUGAGGAGGAGGAUGGGGAUGCCGCCACUCAGAAGCAGAAGCAGAAGCAGCAGCCGCCGACCAAGCAGAAGCAGCAGCACCAGCUGCAGCAAGUGCCCGCGGGGUGCGACCUGUACCAGGGGCGGUGGACGUUCGAUGCGGCGGGGGAGCAGUCGCCGCUGUACCGCGAGUCGGAGUGCGAGUUCCUGACGGAGCAGGUGACGUGCAUGCGCAACGGCCGCCGCGAUGACUCCUACCAGAAGUGGAGGUGGCAGCCCAACGGAUGCGACCUGCCCAGGUUCGACGCGUCGCUGCUGCUGGAGCGGCUGCGGAACAAGCGGCUCAUGUUCGUGGGUGACUCGCUGAACCGCAACCAGUGGGAGUCCAUGGUGUGCCUGGUGCAGUCCGUCGUGCCCCGGGGCCACAAGACGCUGCAAAAGUUCGUCAACAACGGCUCGCUCAACGUCUUCACGGCCCAUGAGUACAACGCCACCGUGGAGUUCUACUGGGCGCCCUUCCUGGUGCAGUCCAACUCGGACGACCCGCAGGUGCACAGCGUCAUGGACCGCGUCAUCGCCUGGCGCGCCAUCGCCAAGCACGCCAACAACUGGAAGGGCGUCGACUACCUCGUCUUCAACACCUACAUCUGGUGGCUCAACACCUUCGAGAUGAAAGUCCUAAAAGGAAGUGGUGCUCUGAGGAAUAAUAACAAGGGGGCGGCAGGGUGGAGCAAGUACGCCCUGGUGGACCGGCCGGUGGCGUACCGGGAGGUGCUCAAGACGUGGGCAAAGUGGGUGGACCGCCACAUCGACCCCAACCGAACCACAGUCUUCUUCAUGGGCAUGUCGCCCAACCACAUCACGCCGUGGGCGUGGGGCAACGACGGCGGCAUCAAGUGCGCCAUGGAGACGCAGCCGAUCGUGAACCGGACGGCGCCCCUCAACAUCGGCACGGACUGGCGGCUGCACGGCGUGGCGCGCGGGGUGCUGGCGCGCUACCUCCACCGCGUGCCCGUGCACUUCGUGGACGUCACCGGCCUCUCCGAGCUGCGCAAGGACGCCCACACCUCCGUGCACACGCUGCGCCAGGGGAAGCUGCUCACCCCGGAGCAGCAGGCGGACCCCAAGACCUACGCCGACUGCAUCCACUGGUGCCUCCCGGGCCUCCCCGACACCUGGAACCACUUCAUCUACGCCCAAAUCGUCUCCUCCUCCUCGGAUGCAUCAUCCCUAGCUAGUAGCUAGAGCAUUUUUCUUUCAUGUUUCCUCCAUUCACUUUCUACCUAGCUAAGCUAGAUCUUCUACCGUUCACAGAUUCACCGAGUUAAACCAAGCGUCCCAUCCUAGCCCACAGCUCUUCUCUUCUCAUUUUUUUUUGAAAGCUUUCUUCUCUUCUCUUCUCUUUCUGUAAAGUAAUUAAUAACUUGUGAGUAGUGAGUAAUUUUAUUUAAUUAAUUCUUUUUUGUUAGAGAAA